GCUUCCGUACCAGAUCAUUGAUGUGCUUCUAAUCCGACUCGUCUGAUUGAAAGUAGGGGGUCAAUAGUCUGAUUCGGGCGUAUGUGCCCUUCCUUAAAUAUUAGAGAGGCAAGAACAAAACGUGUUAUUAUAACAAAAGGGCUUCUUAAUUAGUCCUCCGUUCUCCCGCGAGAAAAAAAUAGUCCUCCAUCGAUUCGCCCGGCGGGUUCUCAGAUGAAGACUACUGCCUUAGAUGGCAGCUGCAGGACCAAAUGCCAACCGAAGAAUUCGACGAAGAUGUUCUUAUUUGUUUUCAAGCAGAAGGUUGGGUCUCUAGUUUUUGGAAAAGAUCACAAGGUUAGCAGACCAAAGAAGAUGUUCAGGCUAUGUAUUCGUGACGAGUAUGGCAUGAGGGCGUUGGCUAAACCUACAGUUGUACUUAAGUCAACGGCACUGUACCACGAAAUACAGCUUCGUGAGGGCAGAUGGAGGCUUGUCACGUUCAUUGACGACCACAUGAUCCAUACAUGGCCGAUUUAUAGGGAAAAAUACGGACCAAUUGGAAAAGCAUCCUGCACAAUAAACAAUGCGCUUAGAAAAUACAGCGAGCGUCGACUUGAAGCUGGUUUGUUUUAUUUGGUCAGGGACAAGAAACGUUACUUGUCAUUUACAACUAGGAGUCACCUGUACGGUGACGAAUUCUUGAAGGGUCUAUGGAGAAAGAAAAGACUGGAGCGAACCAUGCAAAAACAUAAUCAAGAGUUAUUAACGUGUUCUGCAAGUGUCUCCGAAACCAAUAUACCUGAAGACAGAAACCUUUUCUCCAUACUCAUCACGACAUUGAGAGUGUGCGGCAUGAGACAUGUGUUUUACAUGUUGCUUGUUAUCUCCUUAGCUUUGGCGAUUGUAUAUCUGUGAAAGAUCAUUCAUUGUAUCUUGGUUGACUUAGUACUAUAUAUGCAUAAGGUGUGAAUCGUAUUUUUCUCUCAUGGGUUCGCUAACGAAUAAUCGUGAAGUCAUUGUGUAGUGAUGUUAUGAUGUACUUGUACUA